AUGAACAAAAACGGAACAGCUAAAAUGAAUGAUAAUCAAAUUAGAGCAGAAGGUAGAAGGUUAUUUAAACGCUUCUAUAACAUUCCUGAUGGUGUUAAUCCUAAAACACGUAGAAGCUAUUUAAAUGAAGCAAUAGAUGCAUAUGAAGGUUUUGACAUUUCAUCAGAAAGUGAGAGAUUAGCGAGAAUGUUAAAUGUUAAUAUUGAUUUCUAUUAUUGUGAUCCUCAACCAGAAGACGUGGACAUAAAUAAGGUAGACUUUCCAUUAGUGGAAUCAAUAAUGAUAGAUCCAGAAUUUGAAACAGUAAAUAUUUUAUUAACACAGAGUCCAUGUGGAAAACUUCACGCUGACAGAAUAACAGACGUUGAAGCACUCACCGGCUAUAAAGUUUGUUCAUUUUGUAAAGAAGAAGUUUAUUCUAUCCGCGAUGAUCCAGAAAGGAAAAACCAAAGAAGAUUUUUAAAGCAUUGUGAGAAAUGUAAAGAAAAUAAUGGAAGAUUAAUUCAAGACUUUCAAUUGCAAAAGACACAGCAACCAUAUGCACCACAUAUUACGAAACAGAAGAUAUAUCAGUGGUUAUUAGCUCACAAUUUGCAGGAAUAUUAUAAACCGACAAGAUAUUAUAUUACUUUUGACUUCGAAACAUUAGAGACUAAAGAAGAAUUACAACUUUCUGAGUGUGCAACUUUGAACGCUUACUUAAAACCAUUCAUGGUAUCAUCAACGGUUAAAUUAAACGAUAAAACAUAUACGAGGAAUUUUUGCUUAACUUCGAGUGAUUCUUUUAUUUCUGAUUGGAUUGAGUUUUUAUUUUCAACCUGUUCAUUAGUUGCUAAAUCAAAUAUUGAACAAUAUGAAGAAUUAUUGAAGCCGCAAACGGUGGGGACUUUGUCUCAUACAUUAAAUGAAAAACAGAAGGAAGCAUUUAAAGAACUUCUAGAUGAGGAAUUCAAUAAAGUGAAUAUCAUAGGUUUUAAUUCGGGAAAGUUUGAUUUAAAUUUAAUUCUUCGUGAUUUAAACACUGCAAAAUGGAAAAUAAAAUCAAUGCUGGGUUCAUCUUCACAAUUUAAGCAAAUCAUUGUAAAGAAAACAAACGUUCCAUAUGAAUUGAGAUUUAUUGACAUCAGAAAUUAUAUAGCGGGUGGGACAUUAGACCAAUUCACUCAAGAUUUCGGAAACAAUAAAUCACGUGUUAAAUCCUUUUUCCCUUAUCAAUUCAUCACGUGGGAAAAUUACGAAGAAGAAUUAUAUAAAGUGGAACCAUUCACUCAAGAUUCAUUUUAUUCAGCAUUAACUCAAGAAACUAUAUCAGAUAGUGAUUAUCAAAUAUAUCUCAAUGAUGCUAAAAAUUUUAAGAAUAGAUUAGAAUAUUUUAUUCAUUAUUGCAAUAAAGAUGUUGAAAUUAUGAUUGACCCAAUCGAUAAAAUUAUUGAAGAAACAUUUGUUUAUAAAAUUGAUAUGCUUCAUAAUCUUUCUUUAUCAUCGAAUGCUUCAAUGAUUCGUUACGCUUUAGCAUAUAAAGACUUUAAUCCUAAUGAAAAAUAUCCUGAGGAAGAGAUAGAAUCAAGUUUUGAAUUAACGAAAAAGUAUUGGAAAUAUAAAAUUGAAUCAUAUAAGAAACAAGAUGAAAAAGCAGAAAGAGAUACUAAAAAUAAUGUUUCAAUGGAUGAUUUUCAAUACUAUCACGAUUUAAUCCUUUCAUCUAAAUGCAAAAUGUGUGGUAAAGCGUUUACAUAUGCAAAUAAACCAACAUUAGAUAGAAUCGAUAAUGAAAAACCACAUACCAAAGAAAAUUGUCAGUUAAUGUGUUGUUAUUGCAAUGUCGUAAAAUCAAAUAAAGAUGAAGAUGUUCAACGUUUAAGAAUCAAUUUAAGAAAUUAUGCAUUAAAAAAUAAUUUACCAAUGACUUUAGAUUCAGUUGAAGCUUAUCACAUUCUCCGUAAUGGAAUUACUGGUGGUCUAUCAAAUGUUCAACAUCGUGUUAAUCUUAAAGGAAUCACGCACAUUAAUAAACUUUCAUAUAGUCCAGAAACUAAAACUGUAUCAAAUGAGGACACCACCAACAUUAUGACUCAUUUCGUUGGUGUUGAUUUUAAUUCAUUAUAUCCUUCAUCAUUUUCAUCUAAUCCUCAUGAUUUCAUUUAA